CUCUCCUAUUUAUUCUUAGUUAGCGUUUCCUCUUUCCUCCAUUCUUUCUUGUCUUCUGCGUAAUUUUUCCCAGAGAAAAAGAAAAACCGAUUUAACUCAGUGGUAGUAGAAGAAGAAGAUAUGGAUCCAGAAAGCGUAUCGAAGGCAUUCGUAGAGCAUUACUACACAACAUUUGAUGCGAAUCGUGCUGGCUUAGCGGGAUUGUAUCAGGACACAUCAAUGUUAAGUUUCGAAGGUGAAAAGAUACAAGGUGGUGCCGCUAUAGUUACCAAAUUAACUAGUUUACCGUUUCAACAAUGUAAGCAUAAUAUCACUACUGUUGAUUCUCAACCCUCUGGUCCUGCUGGUGGUAUGCUUGUUUUUGUUAGCGGGAAUCUUCAACUUGCUGGUGAACAACAUGUUCUCAAAUUCAGUCAGAUGUUCCAUUUGAUGCCGACUCCUCAAGGAAGCUUUUACGUUCAAAAUGACAUCUUCCGUUUGAACUAUGCUUAAGAAGAUUGGCAACUCUGAUUAAGGUUGGGUGGAGAAAGACAAGUGUACUAAGUCUGUUAGGUGCUUGAGGCUUUGCUUCAAUCUUUUUUAUUAUUUUUAGACUUAUCAAAAAUGAAAAUUUGGGUUAUUUGGAUUAGUGUUUGCUUGUGUUGCCACAUAUUGCAUCAUCAAACAAUUAAAUAGUACUUUAUUGAUCCAUUGCUUUAUAAAAAUGGGUUUUACAUACU